AUGUUAACAUGUGAAGAUACGACAUCCGACAAUUAUCUCUAUGUGGGACAUCAAUUAGGCGAAUUAAUUAAAGUAAACAUAAAAGAUUUAAUACAAGCAUGUAAAUUAAUUGAUGAAAAUUUACCGACGUAUGAGGAACGUCGUCGAAUAAUCAUUUACGGUAUCAAAUAUACACGUGGAGUGAUAAUGAUGACAAAUAAAAACCAUUUUCCCAAAUCACCGGCAUUAGUAAAAGUUACAAAUAUGUAUAUUCAACAACAGAAAAUCAUAUUUCGAGGAACGCAAUAUUGUGUCAUGGGAAAAUAUUCAAAUCUAGCUGCAUUUGAAAUAUUUUUAACAACAAAUGAGAGUUUUUUUAGUCUUUAUGAUAUUUCCUAUAUUUUUCCACUUCAUGAACAUUCGAUGGGCAGUAAAAAAUAUGUAUCAUUCUUUGUUAUGUACUAA